UUAAAGUUAAUUAUAUUCUUAGCAACUGGCAGUCUGUCGGGCCAACUAAAGCAGUGCGGUAAUGGUUUAAAAAUUUGAAUUUCACUUGCCAUUCAAUUUUUAAGCAACGUAAAUAUUACGGAAAUUUAAAUAAAUCUCUGAAAUCAUAUAAAUAUACAGUUCACAUAUUAACAAUGGUAGCAGUAUUUUCUAGAUUAGUGGCCUUUACAAACAGGCAUCCAGUCGCCCGGGGUAUGCUGUCAUACGGUACCUUAUGGCCUACAUCUUGUUUGAUACAGCAAACUAUGUCCGGAAAAACCAUCGAGAAUUACGAUUGGAUACAAGCUCUAAGAUUUAGCCUUUACGGGGGUUUGUUUACUGCUCCAACGUUAUACGCCUGGAUAAAGCUUUCGUCAAGAUUGUGGCCGGCAACUUCUCUUAAAACAUCAAUAGCAAAAGUAAGAAACAUUUCUAUUAAAAUUGGAGUUCAUAUGCAGGCUGAGUUUUCUAUGUUCUCUAUGCAUGGAUAUCUCUGUUACUAGUGGAGCUAGAAAGUC